CUACUAGUGACCGACUCGGAAGCAAACAGUUCAUCCCGUUCGUUCCCUCGUGGCCUGAGCUACCAAUUCACCCUCAUUUGUUAUUUAUUCGAAUAGCCUGCCGGUCUUCCUUUGAUAUUUCUACUUUCCUCAUCCCUUCCCGAAAUUGCUUGCCCCCAGAAGCACGCAUUUGCGCCAUGUCUUCCCUACCUCCGGUCUACAUUGUCUCCGCCGCCCGCACUCCAGUGGGCUCUUUCCUGGGAUCUCUCUCGAGCCAGACUGCUCCGCAGCUGGGUUCCCAUGCGAUCAAAGCUGCUCUUAACAAAGUCGACGGCAUCAAGCCUUCCGAUGUACAAGAGGUUUUCUUCGGCAACGUUCUUUCUGCAAAUGUCGGACAGAACCCCGCCAGACAAUGCGCUCUUGGCGCCGGACUUGACGAGUCAACCGUUUGCACCACUGUUAACAAGGUCUGUGCCUCGGGUUUGAAGGCGGUCAUUUUGGGCGCUCAGACCAUCAUGACUGGUAAUGCAGACAUCGUUGUGGCCGGCGGUACUGAGUCCAUGUCCAAUGCCCCACAUUACCUUCCAAACCUCCGCAAUGGCGCAAAGUAUGGCCACCAGAGCCUGGUGGAUGGGAUCAUGAAAGAUGGCCUGACAGAUGCGGGAAAGCAGGAGCUUAUGGGUUUGCAGGCUGAGGAGUGUGCCCAGGAUCAUGAAUUCACUCGGGAACAGCAGGACGAUUAUGCUAUUCGGACCUACGAAAAGGCCCAAGCUGCCCAGAAGGCCGGCCUUUUCGACGAAGAGAUUGCACCUGUUGAACUACCCGGCUUCAGGGGUAAACCAGGUGUCACCGUGUCUCAAGAUGAUGAGCCCAAGAAUCUCAACCCUGAUAAGCUUCGAAGCAUCAAGCCCGCUUUCAUUCCUGGCUCUGGAACUGUGACGGCCCCCAACUCCUCUCCUCUCAACGACGGGGCUGCCGCUGUUAUCUUGGUUUCCGAGGCCAAGGUUAAAGAGCUGAACCUCAAGCCUGUUGCAAAGAUUCUCGGUUGGGGAGAUGCUGCACACCAACCCAGCAAGUUCACGACUGCUCCUGCGCUGGCGAUUCCCAAGGCGCUUAAGCAUGCGGGUGUCACUCAGGACUCCAUCGAUGCAUUUGAGAUCAACGAGGCCUUUAGCGUUGUUGCUCUCGCGAACAUGAAGCUCCUCAACCUACCUGAAGAAAAGGUCAACCUUCAUGGUGGUGCUGUGGCUAUUGGUCACCCUAUUGGUGCCAGUGGUGCUAGAAUCUUGACUACUUUGCUCGGAGUCCUCAAGGCAAAGAAGGGCAAGCUCGGCUGUGUCGGAAUUUGCAACGGUGGUGGUGGUGCUAGUGCCAUGGUAGUGGAAUCCCUCGUCUAAAUUAGGAAUCAUUCCACCUGGAGGAUUAAAUCCUGCUGUCGCGAAAUAUGAGGACAGCAAAUUGAUCUAAUACCCUUGCCGAUGCUCUGAGGCCGGGCACCAUGUCUUGGGUCGGGGUGAGUGGAGUGGGUCUUCGACUCUGAUGAAAUGCAAUAUAAUAAAUACAUGAGUGAAUUUACUCCUUUCUCGGAUAUACAGUCUUAUCCUGUUUAUCUUGGCGCAAGUACGUCAAUCAACAUACUAGUACGGAAGUUCCGUCACUAGCAGUGUAAGAUAUAAUCAUAACCUUGUAACAUUCUGUCUCAAUACUACUAGUAAGAUAUUGAGGUCUGAUG